AUGGCCGCUCCCCGCGGCGAGAGGGAUCCGCCGGACGCGCUGCAGAACCGCUUCCACGCCGAGCGGGCCCGCAGGGAGCGCCGCUGGCAGCUGCUCUUCACGCAGUACACCGUGAACCCCCUCCGUCCCGUUCACAUGGUUACUAGGAAGCCAAUGUCUUGGCAUGAGAACAUACAGGAGCCGAUAGAUGAUGAAUUCCUGAAUCUUCUUCACCGUGCAGCAGUGGUGCCAAGAGAGAAAUAUUCAGAGCCACAAACGGAAAGCCAAGAAAUUGGCUGGCAUACAACACCUUUGGUUCCUUUCGACCACAGUGAUACCAGAUUCUACUUCCCACGCCAGAAAACUGAGAUCACCAUCCAUGGCUACCCUGCACCACGGGAACAGAAGUCUAAAGACCAGGGGGAAAGCCACAGAUAGAAUGUUAAUGACAUCUAAUGUGUUAGGUCCUGCUUGUUAUCCAGCAAGUCUGGCAGAUUGCUAGUGAGAGACAAUAGAAAAGAACUUUAAUCUGUCCAGAUUUACAACCUGACAACAGUGACACAAAUAAACCUAUCUGUAAGACUCUG